CACUGAGCUAUCGAUCCAAGCGGUUAUUGGUUGUGGCGAAAGGGUGCACAGCAGAGUCCAAGUCGGGUGAGAAGACACGGUGGCUGCGAAUGACAGCCAGAAUGGGACGUUGUGGGGCUGAAAUGCAUGCUGAGGUGCUGAGGCGGGUCAGUUAAGUCACAGAGUGGAGGCCGUUGCUUCUACGUCACUCAGAGCUCACCCAACGGUCUGAGCUGGUGCCAUGUAAUUGAGCUUGAGAGCUUACUUACAAAUCACACAAACCAUCAUCCUGCCUACCUAGACUUUAUCAAACCAAUGUUCUAUAUCUAAGAUGGCAUCAAAUGUAGACCCAGCCAUCCUCGAAGCCCUCCAACUUGAUCCUGAACAGACCAAAAUCGCGUCCCAUGGCGGCUCCGGCUUUGCAUCAUCAUUCAAACUCACGUCCGUCAUCGAUGAUCAGCCCACCAACUUCUUCAUCAAGACGGGCUCCGGGAAAGAUGCCGAAGUCAUGUUCAGAGGCGAACAUGAAUCGCUAAACGCAAUCCACAACGCCGUGCCGAAUUUCUGCCCAAAGUCGCACGCCCACGGACGAUACCAGUCGUCACCGGGCAAAUACUUUCUAGUCACAGAUUUCUUGGACCUGGGAUCCUCGGCCUCUGGCGGCUCCGGCCUCUCACUAGCCGCGAAGCUCGCCAAGAUGCACACGACCCCGGCGCCUGUCCCAGAGGGUUUCGACAGGCCCAUGUACGGCUUUCCCGUGAGCACCUGCUGCGGCUCGACGCCGCAGGAUAACGCUUGGAAGGAGACUUGGGCCGAUUUCUACGCCGAGAAUAGGCUGCGCAGCGUCUUGCGCGGGGGGGUUAGGAAUAACGGCGCGGAUGGGGAGUUGUCUGAGGCCGUGGAGACCGUUGCGAGCCGGGUCGUUCCGCGGCUGAUUGGCGAUGACCGCGUCAAGGGGAUCAAGCCGGUGGUGAUCCACGGUGAUCUAUGGAGCGGGAACCAUGGUCGGGCCCAGAUCGCUGGCAAGGGCGGCGCGGAGGAGGUUGUCUACGAUUCGUCGGCCGUGUACGGGCACGCGGAGUACGAGCUGGGCAUCAUGAAGAUGUUUGGCGGCUUCGGGAGCGGGUUUUGGAACGAGUAUAACAAGCUCGUGCCAAAGGCGGAACCAGUAGAGGAAUGGGAUGAUCGGGUCGCGCUCUACGAGUUGUAAGUCCAUUCGCUCGCUUUCGCCCACUUGCUUGGGGGUUGCCAUGGUGAUUUGCCCCGCUGACAUGGAGGUGCCGCAGAUAUCACCACCUCAACCAUUAUGCGAUAUUCGGUGGAGGAUACCGCGGAGGCGCAAUGGGUAUCAUGAAGAAGUUGAUUUCAAG